AUGAAACUGGCCAAGCUUCUACACCAGAGAGGCUUCCACAUAACCUUCGUCAACACCCACUUCAACCAUAGCCGUAUCCUCAAAUCUAGAGGCCCUAACUCCCUCGACGACUUGCCUGAUUUUCGCUUCGAAUCGAUCCCGAACGGCGUUUCUCCGGCGGAGAACAAAGCCGAUGCCACGCAGGACAUCCCCUCUCUCUGUGGAAGCCUUCCAAAGUUCUGCUUGGACCCCUUUCGGAAGCUUAUCACCGACCUAAACGACAACCGCUCCGGCGGUGUUCCGCCGGUGAGCUGUAUUGUUUCAGAUGGCUGUAUGUCGUUUACUAUCAAGGCUGCCGAAGAAUUUGGUAUACCUGUCACUCUCUUUUAUCCUUUUGGUGCCUGCGGCUUCAUGGGAUUUCUACAGUACCGGCAACUUCUUGAAAAAGGCAUUAUUCCAUUUAAAGGAUAUUGUGGGUUUUGUUUGUAUGCCUUCAAGAUUCAAGUGUGCUCCGAUUGGUAUGGCAGUGCUCGGCUUGAUAAUGAUAUUUCUCCGUGA